AUGUCUGAUCCCUGUCAAUUCGGAAUUGCCCAAAGGUCGCCUUGUUGUCGCCCUAACGAAUUUGAGGGUCAACAGAAACGCGGGCGCGCGUAUCAUGAACGUACCUUUAGCCAAGUGGAGAGCUGGCAGUGGGCUAGGCUUGGGGAGGCCCCCGAGAUCGAAUCAUAUCCGCGCUAUCGCGGCACUGCAAGCUGGCUCGGCGGCGGAGACGGUCCCAUUGCCGAUUUGGUUGAUGCGGAUGGUCCCACACAGUGCGAAAUGGGAAGGUCCAUUGUUGAUAGUAAGGAGCGGUAG